AUGUCCAUCCAAGUACCAUCCUCCUACUCCGCCCUCCCAACCCAGCACAUCAAGGUCGACCAUGUGCCCGCCGACUCCGCGAAGCCCACACCAAUCCUCCUCCUAACCCUCAACCGGCCCAAUAAGCUCAAUGCCUUCACCGGCACCAUGGCGGAGGAAUUGGUAUCCUUCUUCAACACAGUAGAUGUCGAUGACCGUGUCAAGGUUAUCGUAGUGACCGGCGCCGGGCGGGCGUUUUGCGCUGGUGCAGAUUUGGAAAUUGGAUUCCCUAAGAGCACGGCGGGCGGUGGGCAGAGGAGGAAUGAGGGCGAUGAUGGAGAGCAUAGGGAUGGGCCCCGCCGGCGGGAUCGGGAUAACCAUGACCCUGCCCGCAAACAUUCGCCUCGCAACCCGGGGCUCAAAAAUCGGGUUUUUUUUUCUCCCCCCGGGGCCUAA